AUGCGUCUCGCCCCAGACGUUACGCUGGACAUGGAGGAGCAAUAUAAGCAGGAGAAACGUCCGACAGCCAAUUGCGGAGUAAUGGAAGAAGAGCUUUGUGUCGGUGAGGACGGACUCAUUGUGGUCGUGCCUGUGGAUGCUAAGAGCCGUCUGAAGAAGCUGAAGCAGCUGCUAGAAUGUCGUGAAAACGAGCUUCGACAGGCAGCAGAGUAUGGUCUGGGGCUGCUGGAAGCUAAUGGGGAGCUGCAGAUGCAAGUGGCGACGCUGAAAAUACAGCUGGAGACCGGGAUGGACGAGAUCUCGGUGGACAGAGACACCUGGCAGCGACGCACUGAACGCGCACAACAGGAGACAGCACAGUGGAAGCGCAAAUUUGCACAUGCGGAGGAGGAGAAGACGGAUUUAGCAGAGGAGUUUGAGCGCUUGCUCCGACGCUGCAAGUGCCAUCAACGAAUUACUGCAGACGCGAUGAAGGAUACUGUAACGAGCGGAGAGCGAACGUGUCCCGAUCAUUUGGAUUUGAUCGCUCAACUGCACAAGGAGUUGCAAUCAGCCCAAGCUUUACUGCGCUUGAAGGAAGCAGAAUUGACAUCACUACGGCAGUGGAGAGAGGAGGAGCAGCAGCAGCAACAAGAGGCGCUUGCGUGCGAAGUUACGGCUGCACAAAUGGAAGUCUCCAGCGUUAUAAAAAUGAAACAAGAGCUGGCAGAUACUCAACGUGCGAUGAGUGUCCUUGCACAUGAAAAAGAUGCGUUGCGCGAAUCGGCAGAAAAGCAUGAUGAAGAUAUGCGCGCGCUGAAGAAGCAUCUUCGCAAUGCAGAAGCAGGAAGAGAUGACGCCGAGAUAUUGAGCAAUGAAUUGACUGAGAAGCUACUAUCGUUCGAGUCGCGAUGUACACGGCUUCAGCGCGAACUUGAGCUGCUGCAACAUGUAUCUUAUUUCUCACAGGCGGUUGUUGACCGUGACGACGAAGAAAGUGAUGAAGAUGAUGCAAUUGGUGGAGUAAAGGACCAUCAGACAACUGUUGUGCCCGAUAUGGAUCAGAUGGAGAACAUUGUUACUACGGACGCUACUGACGGGCUCGAAAAACUUGAUGUUACGAGCGUUGCUGGCGACUUGGAAAAUCAGGAUGCGCCUUCUAUAAUAAGAAUCACACAAAAGCGAUCUGGUCUUGUCGAACCGGGGACCCCGCGUAUGCUAUACCCCAUUACUGAAGAAGGAUCGCAUGUGCAGGUACCUGAGUCGGAGCGUGAGACAAACGCGAAGUUACACCAUUACUUCCACUUGACGGCACUGAGCAUUAUUCACGAAAACAGUUUGCACGAACGCUGCUUUUAUUCGUCGAGUCGUCUCACGAUCGACAUGUGGUACCGUGAAGUUAUGGCAAAGGAAGUCCCGUUCGUUUUAUGGCACUCCUGGCUCAUCAAUCGCAUUGGCGAGGUGGCUAUGCUUGUACAAGACGAAGGUGGCGUGGUCCAGGAGCCUACUCCAGCAUCGCCAAGUGCCAGGAGCGCAUUUUUCAGAUUUUCGUUGCGGAAGCGCGGCGGAAGUGGAUGUGAAAAAUCGAUGAAUGUUCCGGCUGCUUCGCCUGCGAGCGUCUCGUCGUCGUUCCCGUCGUCGCCGGUGGCUCGCGUAUCAUUUGCAGUGGCACGAGCCUUCUUCCGCUUACUGCGAAAAAGAACACAGACCAGUGCCGACCCUUCUCCAGUAAUUGGAUCUCCUGUCGGUGGUUCACCUGUUGGAUAG